AUGGAUAGCAUAGCGUGUAAUAAAGUGCAACCUGUUGUGAGGAAAGUGAAGAAGAAGCAGGUGAAAGGUGAGAUGGAUCGUCUCAGGCAAGCUGAGAAGAAAAAGAGGCGUUUAGAGAAAGCUCUUGCUACUUCUGCAGCAAUCCGAUCCGAGCUAGAGAAGAAGAAACAAAAAAAGAAGGAAGAACAGCAAAGACUUGAUGAAGAGGGUGCUGCAAUUGCAGAGGCUGUUGCUCUGCAUGUCUUACUCGGCGAGGACUCUGAUGAUUCAUGCAAAGUUGUGCUAAACAAAGAAGAAGGUUUCAACACCUGGGGCUGUGCCGGCAAUAUUGACCUUUUCAUGGGUGAAAAGAGACCAUCACCCCCUCACGAGGACUGCUCAGGGAAUUCAAUUGAAAGAAUAGGGUGGGUCCCUAGUACUUAUGGAACUGGAUGCAGAUGGGGGAGAUGGAAAACAAUGACUGGUCAUUUUCGUACGAGUCUCUUCAAAGGCGUUUACCAGUGCAAUACUUUGACGGUGGCGGCUGGGGGACUACAGAGUUCUCAGCUGGACUCAUAG